GAUAGAUACUACAGUACUGCAAUUGCAUUUUAUCAUGCCAUUCUAUAGUCAAUUCCAAAUUUUACAUUAUUUCCGGGCUUAGCUUUUGUUAUGAAGGGCAAGACAGUUUACUUCCGAUAACAUUACUAGUCUGCUUCGAGUUUGACGCAUCUUAGAAAAAUUCCCGGCCGGCGCGCAGCACAGCGCCCUUGCAAGCUCCAGCUGUUCGCACCGCUGUGCUCCGGCCGUCAGCCCGCUGCAGAGGUACCCUGCGUUUCCAAUGCAGCAGCGACCAUGACAGGCAUCGCCGCUGCUUCUUUCUUCUCCAACGCUUGCAGGUUCGGCAGCUGCGGACUCCACUUUGACUCCCUGGCCGAGCUCAUCGUGCACAUCGAGGAUAACCACAUCGACACGGACCCCCGCCUUCUGGAGAAGCAGGAGCAGCAGCAGCCCACCUAUGUUGCCCUCAGUUACAUUAACAGGUUCAUGACCGAAGCAGCCAGGCGAGAGCACGAGGCGCUGAAGAAGAAGAUGCAGCCCAAGUUGUCUCUGUGUUUAACGGGAAGUCUGUGUCGCGGCGGCGUGUCGGCGGCGCCGCCUCGCCACGCCAGCGGCAGCCUCACCCCUCCGGUCACCCCGCCCAUCACCCCCUCCUCGUCUUUUCGCAGCAUCACUCCCACAGGAAACACCUCGAUGACGCGACUCUUCAAACGCGCACACGCAGGCAGCGAGUGCGACGAAGAGGAGGUGGACUUCGAGGAGUCCGACAGCGACGAGUCGUGGACCACCGAGAGCGCCAUCAGCUCCCAAUCCAUCCUCAGCUCCAUGUGCAUGAACGGCGGCGACGAAAAACCCUUUGCCUGCCCCAUCCCGGGCUGCAAAAAGAGAUACAAGAACGUCAACGGGAUCAAGUAUCACGCCAAGAACGGCCACCGGACGCAGAUUCGAGUGCGCAAGCCCUUCAAGUGCCGCUGCGGCAAGAGCUACAAGACAUCUCAGGGUCUCCGGCACCACACCAUCAACUUCCACCCGCCCGUCUCUGUCGACCUCAUUCAUCGCAAGAUGCAGCAGUAGCGCCCCGGGUAGACCACAUCCGCCGUCACCAGCAGACUUUUCUUCUUCUUCAUCUUCUCUUCUACUCACCGUGUGCUAUGACACUAGAUUUUAAAUGUGUUUUUUUGCAUGCUUUAAAAUGAGAUUUUAUACUGAAUGUUCAAUCUUAUGAGUAGGUCACCAUUUGGUAAUUUGCACAUUGAAGCUGCCAUUUUUUUACUUUUUUUUUUUUACUUUGGACUUUUACUGUGCAUGUUGGUGAUCAUGUAAAUAAGACUGAAAUGGGAUUUUGUUUUUAACCUUGCAAAAUGCCUUUGUCAUUCAACAACGUGCCAAACGGGGGACCCACAUAUGCACACUGGCCACAAUAUUAGGUAUACCUGCAUAGUCUACGUCAUGACAAGGGCUGCUGUUCUCAAUAUGAUACUGCUGGUGGAGCUGGGAUGCGCUCCAGCAUACUGAAAUGAGGCGAAGCGAUAUAGAAAAUCGAUGGAUGGAAAUAACUGAUGUUGUAGCCAUUUUAGAGAAAACAAGUGUAAUUAGGGGGAAGAGGGGAAUGUGCUAAUACUUUUUCCUGGGUCACAGGUGUGCUGAAGCCGAUCCCAUCUGACUGGGCAAAAUGUGGUGUGCACCCUGGAAUAGUUGUCAGCCCGGGUAUUUUUAUUCAUAGAAUUAAACUUUUCUGCUUUUAUUCUCUUAACACCUUUUUUCUUGAAGUAUUUCCACUUUAUUUUUGCAACGUUACAUUGUGGCUCUAUUUCUCCUUUAUAACUGAAAUACAUUUUUUGUUGUUGUGGCCAGUGUGUAUAUGUUAGCCAGCAUUUCACUUCAUUUCAAUCAAUUUGGUUUCCUUUUUCCCCCCUCCAAAUCACCAACACCCGAGUGCCUGAGGGUGAACUCAGGUAACAUUUGCAAAGCAUUUCAGCAACCCUCCCCAACAUGUGUUCAGCCAGUGUUUAAGCUCUCCUCGCUAUCAUUUAGCUUCAUUUUACCUAUGCAGUUUUGGAAGCACUUUUUGUUUUCUGGAACAAGUUGCCAACGAAUGAGCAUUUUUGUCAACCUCACGUUCCUAGUGUUUGUAAAUAUAUACAGUAAAUGUGGAAGCCAUUUGCAAAAAUGAGCACCAAAGUUUGAGUAUUUUGCAUUUUGUGACGUUCGUCCUUGCCUUGAAUUGUGAACUAUUCCAUAAUGACAGUGGAGGGACCCAAGAGCUUCCCUGUCCUGUGAAGCCAUGUUAGACGGCAGGGGUGGGAAACCUUUUUCUGAUAGGUUUGUAUGAAAUCUUUCGUAGGCCAAAAAACUACAUGAGUAUUUAUGGGUUAAAUGUUAAGGGUAAGAGGGGGAUUUUUCCAACAGUUCCAAAGAGGUUGUAUUUGUCCCUCUAUACAUAGGUCCCCCACCCCUGCUAUAAAGUGGGGCCUUGACUUGUCUUUGUACUAGUUUUCAUAUUGCUCCAGCAUAAUUAUAACGUGCCGUUGAACCUAACUAAAAGUUACCAUGUUUAAAAAUUGUCUUGGCAUGGAACUGCAGUCUAAUGGCAAGUUGCAUCAGUAUUGUACUGCCAAAAAUCGUGAUUUUUAGCAUCCAGUGAAUGUAUUAAGCAGUAAAGUGCAUCAAAUUAUAUUUUCGUAUGUUCCUAGGGCACAAUUGUGUAAUGAGUAAAUGCAAAUAGAAUAUUGUUGAUGUACUGUAUUUCCCCCAAAACGCUGCUUCAUUUUUCAAAUAAAAGGUGUUCUGAGGUUUAAAA